AUGCCACAAUGUGGUGUCUGGCUGAUGAAGGAGACGAAUCCAGACGUUGCUGGCACUUAUGAGGUCUGCUGUUUCUUAGCACUGCAUUUAACAAGCAACAAACUUAAUCGUGGGAUGGUCAAUAUGUCGUGCGAGUUCUCAUCUCUGCCAGAGCCAGCAACUGUCACUUGGCUCCAUAAAGCACCUAAUUCAAUCAGCUGGGUCGACUUUGCAUGCUCUACUAAAGAUGAAACAAAACAAUGCAGUUUUCGAUAUCGUGAAUUCAACUCUUGUUUUAGAGAAACAGAACACAGAGUAACGUCUCGUUGUUUGCUACGUACAAAUGCUUUGACAAUGACGGGGACUUAUAGAUGUCAAGCUACUACGUCAGAACAAAAGAACAAAGCAAUUAGUUCCGAAUUUAACGUCAAUGUGGUUGGUAUCGAAAAAGUUGCUGUGCUUCACUACCAUUUGCCAUACGGUAAACUAGGCUACAUAGAAGCGGAGGUAGGCAUUUUUUUGCUUCUGAGAUAA